AACAACCCCCAGCCUACUGAGCGCUACUGCUUUCGUUAUUUUACUAGCGCUGCUGUAACAUCUCAAUUUGAGCUGGAAAAACACAGGCGGUAAAAUCACACUGAGUCGACGUUUGGGGGCUUUUUUCUCCACCGCCUGCUCCGGCUUCUAUCUGGUCGCUUCUCUCGUUAAGUUGCUACGAGGACACGGAGAGACUGAAGUGACAUUUAACGUUACGUUAAUUCAUUCAACCACAACAACAAUGGCAGCACAGGAUUUUAAUUUCUUGCUUGCGACGGAUUCUUACAAGAUCACACACUACAAACAGUAUCCUCCAAAUGUCAGCAAAAUCUACUCCUACUUUGAAUGCCGACGGAAGAAAGGUUCCCAAUUCAGUGAAGUGGUGUUCUUCGGUCUUCAGUACCUGCUGAAGAAAUACCUCACAGGCCCAGUGAUCACAGAGGAGAAGAUUCAGGAAGCCAAGCUCUUCUACCAGAUGCACUUCAAACAGGCUGUGUUCGAUGAGGAAGGCUGGAGGAAAGUCCUUGAGAAACAUGAUGGCCGUCUUCCUAUCCGGAUCAAAGCUGUCCCUGAGGGUAGGAUCAUACCGAGAGGCAACGUGCUCUUCACUGUGGAAAACACAGAUCCCAGCUUCUACUGGCUCACCAACUACAUUGAGACCAUGCUAGUCCAGAUGUGGUAUCCCAUCACGGUAGCUACCAUAUCCAGGGAGUUUAAGAAGAUCCUGGCCAAGCACCUGAAGGCCACCUCAGGGAGCCUGGAAGGCCUGGACCUAAAACUGCAUGACUUUGGCUACAGAGGAGUCUCCUCACAGGAGCUGCUGCCAGAUUCAGCAGAUAGCACCAAACAGCAACCUCUGGAGCUGCAAAUGAAGCCAACGAGGAAGUGCCAAAAUCUGCUACCAGGAGCUAACGGGCUAAAUUUGGUAGGUGUCAGAGGGUACAUGACUGGCUGA